ACGAAACGAUUAAUAUAUAUCUCACCAAGUACAUCGUCUCUUUAAAUCAAAUUAAAUAACACUGAGUUAUUUUUAUUAUUCUCCGAUUGUGGGAUUCUACAAAUAUAAAUAUUGAAUUAAAUAACUAACAUUCUCACAGAACACAUCUCAUUAACCCCUCCAUCAAAGCUUCGACCUAAGAACGGAACCCUUCAAGAUGCCCCACGCGGUAUCCUUACCCGCGACAGGCCUGCAAGCCUUGAUUUUGUGUGGUCCUGGAUCUUCAUUUCCGACUUUCACAUCAAAUCCAGAUGAGAAUCCUAAGGCUUUAUUACCUAUUGCGAAUAGACCGAUGGUUUGGUAUCCCAUCGAUUUUUGUUAUCGUACAGGGAUCACAAACAUCACUCUCAUCUGCCCUCCUUCGGCUGCUGAUGCCAUCACCACAGCGCUUAACACAAAUCCUUUCCUUACUGGUCUACCUCAUCCUCGUCCAGAUCUUGUAGCGCCACAUGGUCUAGACCAGAAUACGGGUACCGCAGAGAUAUUGCGAUUACCCGAAAUUCGAGAGCUCGUCACAUCCGACUUCAUAGUUCUACCAUGCGAUCUAGUCUGUGAAUUGGGAGGUGAUAAACUCUUACAAGCAUGGAUAGUUAAGGCCGCCAGUCUACCAGAUCUCUUAGGCGAUGGCGAACCUCCAUAUGGCAACGGCGGUCUAGGAGUAUGGUACGAGACAAAAACGGAGACUCCUAUCAAGGGUGAAGAAACCGAUUUCAUCAUAACUGCGCCAAUGUCGAAACCAGCAGUGCCUACAUCCAAAGACUCGCUCCUGUCACAUCUUUCCUACCUAACUUACUCUAUGCCAAAAGAUUCGCUUAAUGAUCUUGUAGAUCAAAAGAGCAGUUUCCCCAUACGACAUGGUUUAUUGCGCAGUCAUCCCAAGUUAAGAAUGUUGACGACACAUCGAGAUGCGCAUAUCUACAUCUUACCAAAAUGGAUUCUAGACUUCGUUCAGGAAAACGAGCGUUUAGAAACAAUUGGAGAAGACGUUAUUGGCUGGUGGGCGAAGGCGAAUUGGGAGACGGGUCUUUUCGAGAAGUUAGGUAUGAAAAAGGUCAUUGAAGGUCGCAAAGAAGAAUCAGAAGCAGAAAAGUCGACACGCGGUGGUAUCACUCAACCGAAUGACAGCCCUCUACAAUCACCAUUCACCACACGAGAACCUUAUGAAACCUCACCUCCUGGGGGAUUUCAAAAGAGAAGAGAUGACAGACUAUUAAUCAAACCAAAGGAGACUACCGUACCACCUAUUUUAGCAUACAUUCAUCCCAAUCGUACGGAUGCUCCUUUACUACGUCGUGUAGACACAGCCCAGCUUCUACUUUCUAUAUCAUUACAAUUAGCAAAGCUUCCUUCGGUUGAGGAGUCUGGCAUCGAGACGGCAUCUCCAUUUGCUCAUUCCAAGAAGGUUGCAUAUCCCGAAGGUGUUAAGCCACGAACCACUAUCACGAGACAAGAUUGUUUAAUUGCCGAUAAUGUCAUGGUGGAAGAGAAGACCUCAAUAAAAGAAAGUGUCAUUGGAGCCAACUGCCAGAUUAAGGAGGGCGCAAAGUUAUUCCAAUGUCUCUUGAUGGAUGGCGUGGUAGUUGGCAAAGGUUGUAAAUUGACUCGUUGCAUCCUAGGAAAAAGGAGCGAGGUCGGAGAAGGAUCGACACUCACGGACUGUGAAGUACAGGAAAACUUGUUGGUAGAACCAAGAACCGAGGACAAAGACAGCAAACUUAUGAGCUCAUCCGGACUCGAAGCCAGUGAGCAAGAAAUGCAAGACGCAUUAGAAGAUUUUGAUGAGGGUGACGGAGAUAAUACCAUGAUAGGUUAAGUUGCCCUUUUGUGGGUAAAUUAAGAAACACCCUACUAUCCAGGUCGUCGGUAUCAGUACAACCAAAAUUCCUCUCUAGCAACGAUUAGAUCUCUAGCUCAGGGUCAUCCAUUCAAAGCUAAAUGCUUUCAUAGCCAC